AUGUCUGACUAUAGGUCUGACAUCACUCGCGGGGACCGAUAUCGCUCUGACCUCUUGACCACCACUGGAUUGGAGGGGAACACGGCAGAGUCAUGGCCUUGGAUUGAAGGCAAGGCAAUGACGGCUACUUCUGGAACAGGAAACGCUCCUGCUCCGGACGCUAGUGGGAAUAAUGAGCAUGUUUCAAUCAUCCAGAAGAUGGUUUCCGCCACCUGUGGCAGCGUUUUAACAAAUCUACUAGUGACCCCUCUUGACGUCGUUCGAGUCCGCCUACAAUCCCAAUCUGCGAUUAAGAAUACAUCCCCUUUUAACCACCACACGGCGCAAACGUUGAAGAACAUGCCCCCGAAUUUAGGAGUGACUGCCUGUUGCCGUGAAGUUUUUUGGAUAGGUCAGAAUACUCAGGUGUGUAUGGUUGGGCCCGGCGCAGGAGCUAUUGGAGCUCCUUCGCCUGUUAUCGCGGAUUGUGCCGUGGAGGAAGUUCAGCGGAAAACCUUUACAUCCACACUUGAUGGCCUACGGAAAAUCGCUCGGAAUGAAGGCGUGUGGACUCUUUGGCGUGGACUUAGUCCGACCAUGAUGAUGAGUAUACCGGCAAAUAUCAUCUACUUUGCGGGAUACGAUUGGUUGCGAACCGAUGACAGAAGCCCAUUAAAGAGACUUCUGCCAGAUGCCUAUGUUGCAUUUAUAUCAGGCUCUGUUGCAAGAGUUGCUGCAGCAUCGGCCAUUAGCCCGAUCGAGAUGUUCCGAACCCGUUUACAGGCUACCCCGGGCACCGGCGCAGGGCAUUUCAGGGCCACUCUCGAGGGAUUACACCAUAUGACCAAAACUCAGGGCUAUGGUUCGCUGUGGCGAGGGUUAACGCUCACUAUGUGGCGCGAUGUACCCUUUUCUGGUCUGUACUGGUGGGGAUAUGAGGAAGUAAAAAAGCAUCUCAUUGAGGCACGUCAUAAAGCCCAUGACCGCCUUUUUCCAACUGGACCGCCCUCUGUGGGACACCAACAUGAGGACGACAUGCAUACGCCAACGUUCCUUGAAAGCUUCAUCGCGGGUGCUGCGUCAGGCUCGGUAGCAGCAUUUGUCACAACUCCUUUUGAUGUGGGGAAAACACGCCAGCAAGUUUUUCGACACAUGGGGGAUGAGAAGAGCAGCGUACCGCGGGGCUCUCUGCACCCUGAACAGCUUUCCUUGCCCAGGUUCCUCAUGCAUAUCUUCCGCGAGGAGGGUACGGCCGGGCUCUUUCGAGGCUGGGUAGCACGGUGCUUGAAAGUAGCACCUGCCUGCGCCAUCAUGAUUUCCACAUAUGAAGUGGGUAAGAAGAUGGCAAGGGGCGUCAACGAGAGACGUCAUCCUGUGGAGGAACAUUCGGACUCUGUAUGA